GCAAAAGAGCGACGAUUCUGCGGAGGAACACAGUUGAGCCCCAAAGAAAGGAUGAGAAGAGUGUUGUAGCACAAAUCCAAAUAAUGUGAUAGUUAAUCUUACUGAAGCUGCUUCACACUUGAUUUCCUGGAGUUUGAAGGAGUUUAAAGAUACUACUUAAGUUGUUAUCAGAUAAUUAAUUAGACCUUAUAGAAGCUCAUAAAUCAAUCCAUUCAGAAAUCAAUAAAUCCAUAGUAUUGUGCAACAGAAGAAGGGCCAUCCAGACUGUUAGGCUACUGUUAAACAACAACUAGGCUACUGAAACAACACCAUCAAGAUAGAAAAAAAGGUCAAUUAACUGAAUUCAAAAUGGAUGGAAGCCUAGGGGAGAUGUCUGUCCAAAUCCACUCUGAGCUCCACAGUCAGGAUGGCAGAGCGAUGCUGCAUUCACGGGACCUUUCAGCUGCUUUCCCCAGGCCCUCCCUUGGGGGGCACUCCAUGUCCCUGGAGCAUGAGCACCGACCUCCAGGUUUCGACCACUCCAUGUCAGCCCUGGGCUAUGGAGGAGAUGCUCCAUCUAGCUGUGGCAGCACGUACACCACACUAACCCCCCUGCAGCCCUUCGAUGACAAAUUUCACCACCACCAUCACCACCACCAUCCCUGCCUGCCGGUCAGCAAUGUCAUCGGGAGCUUUACUCUCAUGCGUGAGGACAGAGGCUUGGGUGGCAACUUCUACAACCCUUACGGCAAAGAUCUGGGGAUGACACAGAGCCUUUCGCCACCUUCUACAGGCUCUGGCUUGGGGACACCCAUGCACGGUUAUGGGAGCCUGGGAAACAGCCCCAACGGCAAUGGUGGCCAGAUGCUUCCAAGUGGUUACGAGGUCCAUGGGGGCAACAUCUUCUGCAGGACGGCGGACUUCGGCAGGGAGAUGUCCCCUUCAGGGCUGGGCGGCGACUCGUCGGUCAGCCAUCAGCUGAACAAGAUGGAGGCUCACCAACACGCGCCCAGCCACCAUCCUCACAUCUACAGCCAGCACUACCAACACCACCACUCCAGCCAUCAGUCCUCAAAGGCCGGGGAGCUCUCUCACUCCUCAUCCUCUUCGCCCAGCGGUGAGGGCAUGCUGCCCAGCUCCCAGGGCGGUGGAGGUGGAGGGGCUGGAGAGGAGAUCGACACCAGGGAUGUGGCCCAGAGGAUCAUCACUGAGCUGAAGAGGUACAGCAUCCCCCAGGCCAUAUUUGCAGAGAGGGUGCUGUGUAGGUCACAGGGCACUCUGUCUGACCUCCUAAGGAACCCCAAGCCCUGGGGCAAGCUCAAGUCUGGUCGCGAGACCUUCAAGAGGAUGUCCCGCUGGCUGCAGGAGCCCGAGUUUCAAAGGAUGGCCUCACUGCGGCUGGAAGCUUGCAAGCGGAAGGAGCAGGAGCAGAGUAAACUGGAGCGCAACCAGGGCCCCAAGCGCACCAGGCUGGUGUUCACAGACCUCCAGAGGCGUACCCUAUUGGCCAUCUUCCGGGAGAACCACCGGCCAGCCAAGGACCUCCAGGUCACCAUCUCCCAGCAGCUGGGCCUGGAGCUCUCCACCGUCAGCAACUUCUUCAUGAACGCCCGACGCCGCAACGUCAACAAGUGGGCGGAAGAGGGCCGCCCCUCCUCCACAGGCUCCUCGGGCUCCAGCGUGUCCUCCUCGGCCGUGUCCUGCAGCACGGCCUGAUGGGAUAGAGGUGGGCUGGGUGGGCGUCGUGGCAGCAGAGGGCACAUAGACUGGUCUAGGUAGAGAUCAGGCGUAAUAAUGUACUCCUCGUUAUUAGAGGGAGUGAUGGAGUUGGCGUAGUUUAGUUUUUAUGAAGAAUUAUCACAGAGCAUUUCAAACCAAAGUUGAUCACUCCUUGAUAUUGAAGGGGUGAUACCCAGAAUAAUAUGAGAACUUGUAUGAGACAAGUUCCUAUAAUUUGAAUGGUCGUGGGUGAAUAGUUUAUUCAAAUUUUAAGAGGGUAACAGUGAGCACCCUUGAUUUCUUUCAUUUCAUCACAUUCAAUUUGAAUAUGGUAGGUUAUGAAAUCAUAUACAAUUUCAUUUGCCACAUGCUU